AUGAGCGAAAGAGAAGCUGAACUAGAAUCUCAGCUUUUAAGCCUCCAACAAGAAUUUGAAGAGUAUUUUAAAAUUAGAUUUCAAGCCCAAUCUAAGGAAUACGAAGAAAUCCUUGAAGCCGAAGUAGCAGAAAAAGAUGAAAAAAUCCAUAAAAUUUCAAGGAAGCUAGAAGACAUAGAAGAUGAACUUAAAGAUUACAAAGAAAAAUACAAGAAAAAUGAGCACGAACUCACAAAAAAAUGCGAAGAGGUCGACAAACUUAAAAGACAGCUUAAAUCUCAUGAAGAUCAAAAGCGCGAAUUAGAACAUUUGAAUGACCAAUGGGAACAAUCAGCAAGAAUUUUAGAAUUUUCCAAACAAGACUUAGAAGAGAAGCUCUACCAAGCCGAAGAAAACGCGAUUCUUUAUAAAGAAGAGCUAGAUGAAAUCACAGUUUCAAAAGAAAUCGAACUUCAAAGAUUAAGAGAUGAGUGCAAAGAACUAAAACAAGAAAUCAGCACCCUUGUAGCUCAGCAUGGAGAUACAAAUAAAAUUUUGGAACUUGAAAUAGCUUUAGAAAAGGCGACAAAGCAGCAAGAAAACUAUAUAGUAAUUGCCCUAGGAUGGCGCUAUCUUCCGCCAUCCUCGGGCAAUUCAAAAAUGGCCCCAUACCGGGAAUUGAACCCACGUGUGGGGCCAUUUUUGGUUAGUGGAGAACAUCGACUUCACGCACACCAAAAAUGGCCCCACACGUGGGUUCAAUUCCCGGUGUGGGGCCAUUUUUUUUAAAUUGCCCGAGGAUGGCGCAAGAUAGCGCCAUCCUCGGGCAAUUACAAUAACUUAAAGCUAGAAAAUGCAAAAAGUUCGUUACCAAGUUCUCGGUUCUCUUCACGAAGAGUGUCUGCUGAUACUACUAUUCCUGCUUUGUCUGAAGGAAACCAUAUGCUGAAAGUGAUUGUUAGGGUUAGACCGAUACUUGAGCUUGAUUCAAGCAAGGCUUCAUGUAUUAUAUGCGAUAAUAAUACUUUAUUUUUAAGCAUGCCAACAUCAAGGACUCGAGGUCGUGUCUCAGUCAAUUCCCAGAAGAAAUAUGAGUUUUCUAAGAUUUUUGACCAAAAGUCUACAAUUUCGGAAGUGUUUCAAGAAGCAUAUGAUUGUAUAGAGCAUGCUUCUUUUGGAGGAAGAUCUUGCAUUAUAGCAUAUGGCCAAACUGGCUCCGGCAAGACUUAUACAAUGAACGGAAUUAUCGAGCAGUCUUUUUACGCCUUAAAAAAACUCCUAGAAAAUGAAAACAUCAAAGUUACCAUGCAUUGCAUUGAAAUUUAUAAUGAACAAGUUAAAUUAAAUCUUUAAAUUGGUCAUAAGCGGGCAACCCACUAACCUUUGCAUUGUCUUGGCUACAAAAAACUAGCCUACACGGACCUUGGAGUUCAAAUGAGAAAAAUGGAAGGCUGCCUUUUUGAAUUUCCUAUCUGAACCACCUGCUCAAGGGAUCAGCUUCCUAGGGCAGAGCCAUCAUCUGUAGAGUGCCCGGUGGUUCCGAUAAGGAAAGACCAUGUGAUAGGCAAAACCUGUCUAGCUCAUCUUGAAGGGACAGGAAAAAAUUCGAAGGAGAAGCAAAACUUCCCUCUUUGACAAGGCAUCCCUAAAUUUCAGAGCUUGCUUCAAAAGUGGCAGAGCCCUAUUUUCAGCUUCACCGGGAUGGGUCAUACCUGCUCCACAGGGAGUGCGCCCGGAGUCCAUCUUCCAUCGACAUCACCAUUUAUUUCUAUGGACAAGUUAGGAAUCUCUUAACUGAUUUGCCUUUGAGCAAGAAUUGAAAUGAUAUUGUUUCUAUAGCAGAAAUCGAGCUGCAAAACGAUUGGGUUUCCCAUGGUCUCUCUUUGAUUGACCAAACAUUAAAAAGAAGAGCCACACGGCAAACUAGCUCAAAUGAAUUUUCCUCAAGGAGCCAUUUAAUAUAUACUUUGAAGAUAAUGAGCGGAAGAGAUACCGGCAUAAUCCAAUUUGUUGAUUUAGCAGGGAGUGAAAGAUUAAUAAAAAGCAGUGUAACUGGUGAAAUGCUGAAAGAAACUCUUCUAAUUAACAAAUCGCUAUCUGCUUUGCAAGACGUAAUUGGAGCCUUAGAGAGCAAGCAAAACCAUGUACCGUUUAGAAAUUCAAUUCUCACAAGAAUUCUCCAGCCAACUUUAGGAGGAUCUGAAAGUAAAAUUACUUUUAUUUUGAAUUGCAGUCCUUCAGAAUCCUGCUCAAACGAAACAGCUUCAACCUUGGCCCUCGGGCUAAGGCUUCAAGUGCUAGACUUUGGAUUUCUAAUCAGAAAAAAUCUUAAUUGUGAAGAAAUCGAAAGAACACUCAAGCUUCUAGAAAAAGAAAGGGCGGAAAAGAAUACAAUAUCAAGAAGACUUGAUAAAGUAGAAAGAGAUUUAGAAAGCUACCAAUAUGCCCUAAAGGAUAGAGAAGUCAAGAUGGGGAUUUUGAAUACGAAAUAUAAGCAGAAAGAAAAAACAUUCCAGGAUGAAAUAACGAAGCUCAAAAAAGAAUUAGUGAAUUUAAAGGUGCAGCAGGAUGAGACUAAUAAAAGAUUAAAAACAAUUGCAGCUAAGGCAGAAAAUGAAAAUAUUUUUAAAAGUAAAGCUGCACAGCUAUCAAGAAAUAAAGAUGAACAUGUUAAAAGAAAAGGCAGUAUUAGUCCUUCUGCUUUAACUCGGCCGAGCUCAAAUCCUCCUGAAGAUGUUCGAUACCAAAAAUCGCAAACACCGUCUAGGAUCCCCCAGCCUAAGCUUUCGUUUAUAAUUUCUGCCAAUUCUAUCAAAGAUAAUCAGCUGGUUUCAUAG